AUUUUACAAUAAUAUAGCCUGAAAAUUGAUCUUAACGAUUAGUAUUCAUUUAUAAUAUCAUUCUUAAAUUACAAAAUAUUCUAUGUAAGUAUUCUUCCCUUUUACCUACUGCCGCCUGCAACUCUGGGUACAGGUCGUCCACCGAAAAAGUGUCAUUGUUCCGAGCACCGGCGUGCAAAGACAUGUUUAAAAACUGUAUUUGCUUCUUGGGGAAAUGUGAAAUUCAGGGUACUGGCAAAAAUUCUGGAAGCGACAAUCCUGUGUGAACAGGCGGGUCUCCAUGUAGACUAUAUCUGCUCUGAUGGCACCGCCUGGAACUGCUUAAUGUGGAGUGCUAUUGGUCUACGUGACAAUUUCAAGGAUGUGCAGUGCAAGGUCAUCCAUCCUCCUGACACUAGCAGAUCAGGCAGUGCAAAGGAGGCCACUCUUGACCAUAUGCUGGAGUUUUUGGAUUCAUGGGAGGAUCAUUCAAAAGGACUUGGGUUCCUCAGCAAGCACAUUUCAGCGAGAAGUCUGAAAGGCGGUAACAUGUCUGAUGGUGUACUGGAAUCCCUACUGUCCAUAGAGCAGCUGCUUCCCGAGAGCGGUGAGCAGACCGAGGCUGCAGACAACACAAAUGUCCUUUCAGCUGCAGUGGAAAUAUCUGUGGCGCACAUUUCCUACAACACUGAAAAAAGUGAUUCCCACCUAGUCGAUUACACAGCCGUGGGCUAUGUGGCAAGGAAGCGGAUUCUGUGAAUCAGUUGUGAACGAUGCAAGGCAGCUUUUCUCAUCACCAAAGGCAAUGUGGCCCCAAAUCUGCCGGCGGAUGCCUCUUUGCAGUGGGACUUUGGUGGACUCCUCUAUGCAUCAUACUCUGUACGACUUGAUUCAGACGCUUGAGAACAAGCUACCUAUUUCGCACAGCUUGCCUCCACACAGUAUCUGUUACAGACAUGCGGCAAAAGAUUGGGCAGGCAUCACAGGUCAGCUACGGUGAGCAUGCUGUUACACUGUUGCAUCUGUUGCUCACUUUUAUUGCCUACUGUGGGUUCAUUUCUUUUUGAAUGGAGUCAACCAAAAGGACAAAAAGAAAGCCAAGCGGGUUAACCCUGUGUUCUGUGGAUUGCAUCUUGCUGCGAAGUUCAAGUAAACUUGUG